AACCCAUCAACGGCUGAGAUCAUCAUUCCAGGUUCCGAAUCACGUUUCUCUCUUCCAUGCCAGCUUCGCCCGAACUAUAUAUUCCUCAUUCUCUCUCCAGCUUACUCGAACUUUCCCUCUUCCUCUCUGUCGAGAAUAAUCUCUGUUUCAGAGUGAUUUGCCAUAAUUCUCUCUUCAGAGGUCAAAAGGCUCGUCAGUGUACGGGCGGAGUUUGAUUUUUCAAGCUUUUUUGCCCCCUCAAUCCCGUGGGUUUCUCCGGGCGGAAGUGAUUUGUGGAGGGAAAUCACUUUUGUGGCCAUGUGAUAUUUAUCACUACGAUUUUAAUUUUGUUUGUUUGUCAAUUUGAGAUCUGGUUGAACGAGGCGGUGUUUUCUUGCCACUUCCCGCGCUAUUCUGAGUCCAAUUCGUCUGGACUAGGUGCCGUAUGAAAUUGAGAGAAUUGGGUAUUAGACGGGAGAUAGAGCUUGUCCUUUUGUGUUAAGAAUUGCUGAAGACCUUUUAAGAGGAGGUGUCAAUAUGGGAGUUGACUUUGCGACAAUGUUUUCGAACUUGGGGACCUCGGAUCAUGCUUCUGUGGUGUCCAUGAACUUAUUUGUGGCUCUUAUAUGUGCGUGUAUUGUCAUUGGCCAUCUGUUGGAGGAAAGCCGUUGGAUGAAUGAAUCCAUUACUGCUCUCAUGAUUGGAGUAUGUACUGGUGUUGUGAUUCUACUCACUAGUGGAGGGAAAAGCUCGCACAUUUUGGUGUUCAGCGAGGAUCUUUUCUUCAUCUAUCUUCUUCCACCAAUCAUUUUUAAUGCUGGGUUCCAGGUGAAAAAGAAGCAAUUCUUCCGCAAUAUCUCAACUAUUAUGCUUUUCGGAGCAGUUGGCACUUUGAUAUCCUUUAUCAUCAUAUCAUUGGGAGCUAUUGGCAUCUUAAAGAAAAUGAGUAUUGGCAAUCUUGAGAUAGGGGAUUAUCUUGCAAUUGGAGCAAUUUUCUCUGCAACAGAUUCUGUAUGCACACUGCAAGUACUCAAUCAGGAUGAAACACCUUUACUCUACAGUUUAGUCUUCGGAGAAGGAGUUGUAAACGAUGCCACAUCUAUUGUCCUAUUUAAUGCAGUUCAAAACUUCGACUUGUCCAAUAUAAACUCUGCUGUGGUUCUGCAAUUAUUCGGAAACUUUUUUUAUUUAUUUAUCUUGAGCACUCUCCUUGGAGUUUUUGCUGGUUUGCUGAGUGCAUUUGUUAUUAAGAAGCUAUACUUUGGCAGGCACUCCACUGAUCGUGAGGUUGCAAUUAUGAUUCUUAUGGCGUAUUUGUCAUAUAUGCUCGCUGAAUUAUUUGCUUUGAGUGCCAUCCUGACAGUCUUUUUCUGCGGGAUUGUCAUGUCACACUACACUUGGCAUAAUGUCACCGAAAGUUCUAGAGUCACCACCAAGCAUGCGUUUGCUACAUUGUCAUUUAUUUCUGAGAUAUUUAUAUUCCUUUAUGUUGGCAUGGAUGCUCUAGACAUUGAAAAAUGGAGAUUUGUAAGUGACAGCCCGGGAACAUCAAUUAAAGUAAGCUCAAUACUUUUGGGUCUGGUUUUAGUUGGAAGAGCUGCCUUUGUAUUCCCUUUGUCAUUUAUAUCCAAUGUGACUAAGAAGUCCCCGGGUGAAAAGAUUGACAUAAGACAGCAAUUUAUUAUAUGGUGGGCUGGGCUAAUGCGAGGGGCUGUAUCUAUGGCUCUUGCUUAUAACCAGUUUACAAGGUCUGGAUACACCCAGUUACGUGAGCAUGCAAUAAUGAUCACAAGCACUAUAAGCGUUGUUCUAUUUAGCACAGUGGUUUUUGGGCUGAUAACCAAACCUUUGAUCAGAAUAUUGCGGCCCUCACCAAAACACCUAAGCAGAAUGAUAUCUUCCGAACCAGUGUCACCAAAAUCAUUCACUGUUCCGCUUCUUCUAAGCCGAGAGGAGGGUUCAGAGGAUAAUCUUGAAGGAGGAGGGGGGCACGUGCCCCGUCCACCCAGUUUGAGGAUGUUGUUGGCAACCCCGUCUCACACCGUCCAUCACUACUGGAGAAAAUUCGAUAAUGCAUUCAUGAGACCCGUCUUUGGCGGGCGAGGCUUUGUCCCGUAUGUACCUGGCUCACCUACUGAACAGAAUGACCCUCAACAGUGGCACUGAGCAAGAAGGCUAUGCCCGUUCAUCUGCCCUGCCUGUCUGUCCAUGCUUUUGACAUGGAAAGAAAGUUUUUGUUGUGCUUUUUUUCUUGUUUAUAUUUUUUGGAUGAUGGUAUUAGGGUGAAGAUUUUGUAAAUGGGCAAUUAGAUAGAUUGCGUGCUUAUUCUACUAUGUACUACAUAUUUUUUUUUUUUAUAAAUUUUAGUUGAUGAGGCUUACUCUGGGCGACGCUUACCAGUUCAUUUACUGUAAAGGUGCUAAUUGUUCCUAGUUUCCUACUCUUGAUGAUUCUGUAGAAAAUCAGGGAAGGGUGUAUAGAUUAUGUUUUAUGUAUCCCCGAGCACUUCUUACUCUUAACGGCAUUUAUCAUUUACCCUUCUUUGAUACUUUGCAUAGGUGUCUGGUGUCCCUUUGGUGAUCUCUGAUUAACGC